AUGUGCAAGGAGAGUGGAGAAAUAGAGUACAGAAAAAAGAUAGAAAGUGUUUUGAAAAGGCUUAUAGAAAGAGAAAGAGUGUACUCCAAAGUCUCGGGGGUUACCUUUGGGUUUAUACGCUACAAAAGAGCAAUGAAAGAGCUUCUACAGCACGAGGGAAGGAUAGAGCAUGCGAAUGACCUCAUUGCAGUAAAACACAUCGGAAAAGCUAUAAUCGACGCAAUAAAAAAAGAGCUAGAUGAAGCUGGGCCUACUAGCACAAGAGCUUCCUCUGAAAAUGAAGAAAUAAAAGAAGAGGAAAUUAUCAUUGUAGACCACUCAAUGGAUAGUAUCAAUGCAGCAGAAAGAGAAGAAGGUGCAGAUGCACAUGAAAAAAAGAAAGAUGGGAGUUCAAGUGUUUGCACUGCAAAAAAUGACGGCGGCAUAGAGAAGGAUGCAUUCUCAGAUGCAUACACAAAGUGCAAUGUGCAGAUAAAGCUGAAAAAGAAGCAGACUGGCCAUGUGUUCAGUCUCAAGACAAAAGAAGGAAGUGCUAAAAUUCCAGUGCCAUUUACGCUAUGCCAUCUUAUGGUGCUGAGUCUUUCAAAAGAAGCCUCGCCAGGAAAGUUCACAGAUAUGGCAUCAGUUCGAUACCUUUCCCUGGAAAGAGCCCGCAGGAAUAUUCAUAUAUAUGGAAGUAAACUUUUAUUCGAAUCAACAGAAAAAAGAAUAAAGCACUCCGCUAGAAUUCUCAUGCGCCACGGGCUCAUAGAAGAAACUCCAUCAGGGCUCUGCAUAACAGAUGCAGGAAAAGUGGCAGCUGGCAUGCUGGAAAGAAUGGAAAUGCACCAAGAACAGUAUAGAAAAUACAUUAGUACAGACCGCGAUUCAUCUGGCAGUGUGUCUGUAGAUAUAAACUCGUCUAGGGACUCUCAAAGAAUGAGUGAAAAUAAAAAUAUGUUGCUGAUUGACAUAAGAGAAAAAAGAACGCGAGAAGAUCCUUACUUCUUCCACACGUUUCUCUCCCAUGCAGGAGUUGCAUCUGAAACCCGGGUUCUUUCCAUAGGAGACUUUCUAUGGGCGCACAUAGACAAUAUGCAGGAGUACUACAGCAAUGUGCUAAUGGAAAGAAAAACGAUAAGAGAUCUUUUGCAGUCGGUGCGCGAUGGAAGAUACAGAGAGCAGAAAGAAAGGCUGCAGCGCCUCCCUGGAAAAAAGAUGUACUGUCUGGAAGGAGGGCUGCCUGCAGACAAAACCGUUCUAAAAAUGUUCUACACCGCUACAUUCGGUCUGGCAGCAAAGGGCUUUGUGGUUUUGAAUCCCUGGAAGAUCGAAGAGACUCUGUCUGCCAUAGAAACCCUUAGCAAACACAUAUCUAAAAAAACGGCUAAAAAAGACUUUUUACUUGAAGGUUUAUUAAUGCAUUCGCACAAGAAAAAACUCACCGAUUAUCCGCACGCUGACAGAUCUCUUAUCGUACUGCAGGCAAUCAGCGGAAUUUCCUAUGGCGUGGCUGCUAGUAUAAUAAAAACAGUAGGCGGAGUUCAGGUUCUGAUCGAAAAGGGAAAACACCCAACGUCUCUUUUGGAAGAGUUGGCUUCAGUGCCCUCUGCAAACAGAAAAAGAACACUCGGGCACGCAAAGGCCCAGAGAAUACUCGAUGCACUGGGGCUAUAG